UAUAUAUGUGCACUACUUAGGAUAUAUACUAAUGGUCUUCUUCACCCUACGUAGUGCACUAUAUGUCUGAGAGGUCGGCGUUUAGGAUUCAGCCAGUUACCUACAGUCAGCAGAGGCUAAGUUGAACACUACGGAAUUAAAAAAAAAUUGUUGUUAUUGUGCAAACAGCGAAUUAGCUAGUGAUGGUAAACACGGCAUGGCAGAAAAACAGGACAAUGAGGUGGAGGAGGCUGAUCAGGUGUACUUGCUGAUGAAUGAAAACAACCACAUAUCACGCAAUGUGCGUCUGUCCUGGUUCCUCAGCAGACUCAACCAGGUCAUCCGGCCCUCGCCCAAGUUCGAGCUGAUUAAAUCAGAUAAAGAGCUGGAUGUCCUGAGCAUCCUCCCCAAAGGAUGGCAGUCCGAUUCACCUCCUUCCUCGCUGCCGUACCUGCUGGUUCCAUCCACACGAGUCAUCUUCCUGGCCCGCAGGUACCGCUUCGUCAUCGAGCUGGACCUCAGCCCCUCCACCGGGAUUGUGGAUGACAGUACAGGAGAGAUGAUAUUUGACGAGGUCUUCCAUGCUCUGAGUCGAUGUCUGGCCGGACUGGCUGCACAGUUUAAAGUCCCAGGCACGGAUUUCUUGUUUCAGCCAGAGAUCUUCAUCACCAUCCUCGCUUAUUCAUCCAUUGUGGGCCUCAGCUCACACCAGGUGUUAGUGCAGGGAUGCCAACUGGAUUGCACAGAUCUGGACCAGUUUCUGCAUCAGAUCUACCAGCAGCUCCGUGCUGUGGAGAACAACAUCGCAGAGGUUUUACAGCAGCAGCAUAAGCAGUGUAAUGGCUCCAUCCCUGCUGAUACAACAGAAGACCUGACACAGUGGAAGCAGAGCAUUUCCAUGGUGACUGCGGAUGUGGGGCUGGUCAGUAUGGUGCGUCAGGGUAUCCUGGCACUUCAGCUCCUCCCAUCGAACUCUAGCGCAGGUAUAAUAAUUAUCACGGAUGGAGUGAUGAGUGUGCCAGACGUGGCCGUGUGUGAGACUCUGCUGAACCAGCUGAGGAGUGGAACCGUUGCCUGUUCAUUUGUUCAGGUGGGUGGAGCUUACUCCUAUGACUGCAGCUUUGGCUAUGUCCCAAACGUGGAGCUGAUGAAGUUCAUCUCUAUGGCAACUUUUGGCUCGUACCUGUCGCUGUGUCCUGACCCAGUGCAGGUGGAGCAAGAGAUGAACUCUUACCAUCGCUCCUUCCUCACCUACUCUUUUCUCCGCACAAACGAGUCCCUCAACCCCGACUACUACUGCUUCUCUCAGCACAGGCUAUUUAAUGAGCAUCUAGUAUCAGCAAGCGGGAAUCCAGCUCUGGGGCUGCGCAGGAAGAAGCACACGGAGAAAGAGGUGCAUGCAGAUCUGAUCAGUGUGUUAUCGGUCAGGCUGAGGGAGGGCUACACCAUCCGUGACAUCAGCUUCACUAAGGGAGGCACACAGUUGGAGGUGAAGUUGGUGUUGCUGUGGAAGCACAACAUGCGUGUUGAGUAUGUGGCUGUGGCGUCAUGGCCACUUCUCUCUGCUGAGCGCAGCACGUGGGUGGAGGUGACUAUGGAAGGCAGCUAUGACAUCCUGCAUGACCUCAGCUGUACGUUACGCAAACCCAUCACCAGCCCGUACCGCACCGCCGUUAUCCGUCGCUUCUGGAACACGCUGCAUGGCAUUAACCAGACAGACCAAAUGCUGGUUCAUCUGCAGUCCUUUAACUCCAUCCCAGAACACUACACGAUUCCUGAAAGCACUAAAAAUGGCGUGCCUCUCUUCUACAUCCCGCCUGGAUCCACCACACCAGUCCUCUCCUUACAGCACAGUGGCUCAAAAGACUCCAGCCAUUCGCAGUUUGCCUCCUACUGGAAGCCCAUCCUGUCCAUGGAUGCCAACUUCUGGCAGCGCUGGUUACACAUGCACCGUAUCGCCAUCAUCCUGGAGCACGAUGUUCCCGUUCCAAAACACGUCCACAGCGCAGGCAGUAACGGCAGGUUCAGCACCAUCCAGUGCCGAAUAGCCCACUCAGCCCUCACCUCACUGCUGAGGGACUGGAGCAGCUUUGUCCUGGUGGAGGGCUACUCCUACGUCAAACUCAUCUACAGUGGUGCUGCCCACCUGCCCAUCUCUUUCUACCUGGUACGUCUCAUCUCCAAAGCUCCAUGCAUGGUGCUUCGUUUGGGCUUCCCCAUAGGAACCCCUGCCCACACCAGGAACAAGAUUGUGGAUGAGCUGCGAGAGCAGAUUCUCAGACUUCGUUUCCCCCACCGGGUGCAAAAUAAAGAAGCCACACCAAAAACCAAACGGAAGAAUCUGGGUAACGCAUCUCCCUCCAAGUCCCCGCCUCUCCCAGCACCAAAGCCUGCUCUAUCAGACCGGCCAUGUGUAGUCAUCUUCAACAAACCUCUGGAAAAACUACUGAUCAGGUAUGAGAAGCUUCCUACGGACUUCCGCACACCCUUCAUGUUGAAUCUGGAGGCUCUGGGUCAGCCGCUCAGUGUGGCUGCAGGGCGCACUGCCUCCUCCACAAUGGCGUUCCUCUCACGGUAUUUCCUGCAGCAGCGCUGGGUGUGGACAGUGCAGAGUGGCCCAGGGGGAGUGGUUUCACUGCACGCUGUUGCACACAUCCUUUCCACACUUGCUGAGAUCCGUCUUUCGGAGGGCUUCCACUUUGCUGCCAGUGGAGAGGGAAUCGUCAACAUGGUGAUGGAGCUGCCCAUGGCUGUCAAAACACAAAAGGGGACUCCAGCACUGCAGGACACACAGCAUCACACAUGCAUCGUCCAGUACAUUCUGUUUCCUCCUCACUCUACUUCCACCAAGGACAGUUUCUCUACUGAUGAUGACAAUGACACAGAGGUGGAGGCCAUAGAUGUUGAGACAGAGUUGAACCUGGUGACAGAGUGCUGGGUGGAGCCUCAGAGUGGGAGUGUUUUGAGCUGCUCGGAGCAACAGCGCCACUUCCACAACCUCAGCUACCAAGACAUCCCUCAGGCUAUUUUUCCUCGUGAUCAGUCGUGCAUGUCCACCUUAUUGACGUUUGAGUACCUCAUACAGCUGUGUAAAAACAAAGAUCAGACACAGCCUCUCAGCAACAGCAAAGAUGCAACAGGUGAGACCCCAGGUGCUGCUCCAGCUGACAGCAUACAUAUGGUGCCUUUUCAGUUUGACCUGAUGAAGCUGCUGCCCAGGUGUCAGCAGAUAGAGCUUUUCUUCUAUACUUUCAGCAAAGCAGAGAAUGAAGACACGCUCCAGAAUGCCUCUUCCCUCCCCAAUGAUCUGCUUCUCAGCCUUUUGCACAGCUCUCUACAGAAUGAGCUGAGUGACCGUGAGAUAACAUUGGCUGAUGGAGAUCACAUGACUUUCAUGAAUCACAUUCUGGAGAGGGAGAGGGACGGCCAUGUGGCCCCGUUCUCGCUACCCGUAAUUAAAGAAGAGUGUCUGAAACCCACAGAGAGGCAGGACACAGUGUUGUCCUUCCACACAGUCGGGAGCAGUAAAGAGGUGACAGGAUCCACCAGCACUCUUCAGAGUUUCAGUAACACAGAUCUGGUGGAUGAGGAGCCAGUGCUGAUGGAGAGAGAGAGUUUGUCUCCUCGGUGGAAAUGCUAUGCUAAACAUAUCAGUGCUCAGCAAGUGCUACUCAUCUUCCUCCCAGCCACCUACACCGAUGUGCAGAUCCUGAUGUCCUUCGGUUUGGGACUUGAACCCCAAGUCAGUGGUGCUUGUGAUGAGGAUGAGGAGGAGACACUCAGUCUGGAAAACAACCAGUCACAGAGUGGGUCCCUCAGCAGCUCAAUUAACGGCCCUCUAGCGGAGACAGAGUCUGUGGUGGAGGCAGGUGAUAGACAGUUACUGUUGGCUGCUGAAGCGCUAUCAGGAGAGCUGGAGGACAAGGAGAACCGCUACUCCGAGCAAACUCCCGCAGUCUUGUCCACAGAGGAGGAGAAGGACAGUGUGCAGUUUUCAGAGCCGCAGAAGCAUGACUACCAUCGCCAGCUUUCCCAGCAGAGUGGUGGAGAUGCUGCUCGUCCUCGCUGUCCUGUCUACAUCUAUAACUGCUGCAUGGACUUACUCAAAGACCAGCUGCUCCAACAGCACUCCAACCGUCGGCCUAAAGACGUCUUCCUCAGAUCUCAAGAUGCACUGCCCUGGGAGCUCAAUCAGCAGCUGAAGUCCAGGUCUCUCUCUCAGGAGCGCAGCAGCGCCUCGUCUUGGUCAGAGCUCAACACUCAUUCCCACAGACAGAAAGAGCUGGCCAACUACUGUAACCUGCUUCAAGAGCACUACCACCAGAGCUACGUCCGGGGUGUGUUCCGCAGUCUGCAGCUGGCAUACAAUAUCUCCUCUCAGGACGUCCUGACAGCGAUGGACUACUGUGAGGAAUCUCUGCAGGAAAUCGACAUCACUUCCUUCCUGCAGACUCUGUGUGGUCAUGUACGCACAUUCCGUGAGCAACACGAACCCCACAGAGCCGAGAGCACAAAGAAACCUCUGAGACCAGGGGCUACCUUCACCGUCAGAGAGCAGGAGUAUGAGAGAACAGGAAGAGUGGUGUUAGUUUCUUCAUCCAGUGUUGAGCUGGAGGAUGUAAGUGAGGUGGAGUCUAAAGGGAAAGUGUCCACCCCCAGCACUCCUGAGGCCCCAGAUGAACCCCGUUCCCUCAAAAUCCCAGAAUUCCCCCUGUCUUUGCUCCACUCACAGCAGAAGUGUGAGGUGUACCCUGACCUGCACAAAAUCGUACAGGAAAAAUUCACGGAGAUUGGUGCUCAGCAUUUUAAAACUGUUCCCUCCAAUCCACAUUAUUUCUUCUACUGCCCCCAGUCCUCAACGAAAGACGAGGAUUCAGAUGAAGAGAGAGACAGGAGGCCCAGUGAGGACUGUGAUGUCUCUGAGGCUGAGCUGGCCACAGAGGAUGAGAAUGUGUCCGGCUGCUGCAUGGUGUCAGAAAGCGACACGGAUCUGGAGGUGGAGUAUCAGGACCAAGGGAACGGGAAAGCUGAGGAAGGCGACGUGGAGGAGGGAGUGGGAGAUGACUCUGGGAGCGAGUCAAACACAGUAAAUCAGGAUGAAGACUCUUUCAGCAUCCUGGAUGGAGACUCGGUGCUGGAAGCGCCUGAGCCUGAGAUGCCGCCUUUAUUCGUCCACCUCGUCUGCUCACUUAGCACAAAAAGCUGCCAUGGCUCUAUGCCAAUUAGGACACUGCCCACCUGCCUGGGUGAGCUGAUCAGUUGUCUGGAAAAUCCAGAGUCUCUUCAGUCAGUAGAUCUGAACGAGCUCUCUGUCACUCUGGACAUCUUCGUGUUGACAUUAUCACAGGAAAUAGAGGUCAUGGCCACUGGCAUCAAUCACAUAAGGUACACUUCUGAGAGCAGUGUGUCUAUGAACCGCUCCCCUGGCCAGCCGUCUUCCUACCGCUCUGACGAGGAGCUCAUGGAGAAUCUGGACAGUCUGCGUGGGGUUGGAAUGGAUGGCAUGACAGGUGAUCCUCUGUCCAAACUCCCAGUGCCUCACAAGCAGGCCGUGCUAGCUACCAUGCACGAGAUCCGCUGGUUGCUGGAGGAUGAGAUCGUCUCAGCACUUCGUCACUCGUCUGUGGUGGACUGUUCCACUCUGCAGAAGGUGUCUGAUCACGUCUUUCGCUCCAGCGGGAGGCCUGGCUGCCAUCACGAGCUCGUCCCUCUGCAGUUUGUCUUCGGCCCAGAGCAAUCGCUGGAGAAGUUUAAAGAGGAGUUCAGGCGUUUCUCUUUUCCUGGUUACUUGCUAAACGCGGAGAAGCAGAAUUUCUACUACAUCUCUCGGAGUCGGCAGCACUCACGCAGACUACAGACAGCCCGGGAGUUAAAUCAGAACUCCGCCUUUUCUCAGGGAGAGGUAUCCGUCUCUCAACCAGCCAGUCACCUUCCUGAGGUUGAUAGCAGCUUGAAAACAACAGCCAGUCACUCCCCAUUAUCAAAGGAGAUAGACAGUGAGGCAGAGCCUCAGAAAAAAGAGGUGGAGUCAGAGCAGGUUGAAGGAGGUGAGGAAACUGAGACGCAACACCAAACAGAGGAGCAGAAAGAACAAGAAGAGAUCAUGGAAGAGGAGGAGGAAGUGAAACCAGGAGCCUCAGGUUCAACAAGUGACUCUCUCUCUGAGCAAAUCAGAGCAGCUGGUACAGAUGAGGGUCAUUCACAGAGCACCAGUCAGCAGACGGGCAGCAGUGCUGACCACAACCCCCCUACAGAAACUCAUUCGGGGAUCAGUCUGGAGUCAGUGCAGUCCAUUACACAUGGCAGUGGAAAGAUCAGGCCAAGCCGAGUUCAGAGCGUCGUCUCCAGCCAGGGCAGUCUGGACUCAGACAUGCUAGGUUACGAUGGGGGCAGCAGUGACUCAGAGUGUGAUGGACCCACCAUGGACGAGCAUGAAAUCCUGAGUCCUCUCAUGCCAGAUUUCUGGCUUAUUAUCCAAAUCCAGAAGGACAGACUGGAGGUUUUCUCACACUCUAGGAGUUUUAAUGCUGGAAAAGAGAGACAGUCUGGAGAAGAAGAAGAGGAGGAAAUCCCAGAGUAUCUGCGUCUUCAUCAGCUCAUAGUGCAAGAGAUUGGGAAAAUCUGCAGAAAGGUCAAUCAGCGCCUCCUGCUGCAAGACCUGCAUGACAGUCAUGUGUGUAAUUCACUCCUGGUGGCUGAAAGUGAGGAAGACAUCUGGAAAAAUGAGCCUCUGUACAGGCAGAGAAUGGCAACCUCCGAUGACUAUAAUGCGGAUGAAAGCUACCAGCCGAGAGAUUACUUGGCUGCUACUAUGCACUUCAUGCCGGGUCACUUUGCGUGUGACGUAGUUUGGAACACCAUCAUCCAAAUCCACCCGCGACUAAAGAUGGGGCCCAACAUGGGAGUGGCACGAGCAAUCCAGGCUCUGCGUUCAGUGUUGAGUGCCUUCUGUGUGGUCAACCGCAAGAACAUGUUUGUGUACCAGGAACGCACCACCAAAUCUGUUUUCUACCUCAGACUUUCGGAAACCUCUCAGACAGGGGCAUACAGUGAUCUGGAUAUGAAUCUCCACGCUUCUCGCUCCCUGGGUUUGGCUCGCAGUCAGGAGCCUCUGGGUUCUGAAGAUCUUACGGGCUCCCGGUCAUCUCUGGAGGGCUCAAGGCCAGUUGGACAGGUGGACAAACACAUUCUGCUGUUAGUGCAUGGAGUGGGACGUGCAGGUCCGGAGAUCACAGACGAGUUGGUGAAGGUUCUUAGAAAGCGACUGGAUGAGGCUACACUCGACAUCAUCACUGUGAUGCUGGUUAGAAACUGCAAACUGACCCCUGCGGAUGUAGAGUUUAUUCAGCCUCCUGGUUCUGCUCCUACUGAGGUGAUGGAGUUCAGUCUGCCUCAGUACAGCGUCCCAUGGAUCCGAGCUUUGGCCCAUUAUCUCCGCCAGAAUCUGCUCAUCUUCCUGCACAUCCCCAAAUACACAGACAGUAACAUGGAGCACCACUUCAAGCACUACUUCCAUGUGAGCAGUGAUCUGCCUGAUUCCGAUAUCUAUCUCUACAACAAGCCUGGAGGCCAAGGAACAGGUGGCAAAGGUACCAUGUCGGAGCUCGUUCAGAACCUCUUCCCACCCUCGCAGUUCCAAGGUAUUGCAUGCAUUGCACUGUCCUUCGUGGAUGCUCAGGAUCAGCCUCUGUAUAUCUCUGCUCAUGAUUGUGCUACACCGAGAGGAGAGGCCGCCUCCAUCUCUCUCCAGCCUGAGCAGUUUGAGCGCCUCACAUCUGUGGUGAAAAUGGAUUCAGGAAAACCCAGCACAGGUGGCACAGUACGGGUGCGGUUCGAUAUCUGGGAGCAGGGGAACGUGAGCCCUCUGCAGCUGACGGAGAAACUCCGCUCAGCGCUGCGCCACGCACUGUGUGAUCUCAUCAUGGAGAUGAAGGUCCUGCCAAACCCUCUGUGUCUGGAGACGUUCUGCGUUCCUGAAGCGGGACAAAAAGACAAUAAUAACAGCUUCAGUUCUCAGUCUGAGAGUAAAGAUGUAAAGGAAAGCCCUCGACGAGCCUCCGCAGUUAAGAGUGGACCUGUCCCAAUCACACUUAGCUCCGCCCCAAGCUCCACCCCUACAACUGGAGCCAACACUCCUGAGUCAACUACGCCCACCGGAAAAAACAUGCGGCGGAGCUUCUGGGAAAUACUGAGUAAACCGGACUCGUCAGAACUGGGCAGCCCAAAGACAACGGAUGACAUUGUGCAAGAGAAGGCGGAGGACAGCCGUGUGUCACGGCGGAGACACAAAACAGAAAGUGUCAAACAGCAGUGGAGUCAUGAGAGAGCUGUGGCAGUAGAGAGGGAGCAGGCUCAAAGGCGUCAUGUGACUAAGUUAGAGGAGGGAGACAUUGGCACCCUUCACCCACUCUAUCAAUCCUCCUUCCAGCCAUGGGUCAUCUACAUGGCCAAACUAGGUUGUCCUUCCAUCCAGCACUGCACAACGGAAAUGUCGUCUCUCUUCCUCCUUCCUUCCAUCAUAACGGAGGUGGUGAAUCUAGUGUCGUCUCUAGCCCCAGACACUGCUGUGAAGGUUUUUGAAAGGACCAGUACUCCUCAAGGAGACCUCUUUGUCCCUCUGUCACACGUCCAUCCUGUCAGUCAUCCUCCAUCCACCACCAGGAACUUCAUCAUCAUUGGCCGCAAUUUCCAGCAGUGGCACUACAGCAUGGAGCAAGAAGAGAGUUCAGAUGAGGAAAACCCUGCAGUGCUUAGUAGGUUCACACCUCAUAAAGGGCUACAGAGGUUUGAGGCAUUGGAGCACAGUGAUUGGCUGAGCCCUGGGCAGGCCUGGAAGGGCGUGGCUCCACGCCAGAGGUUCCUGCACAUGAGCAUAGUGCAUAAGAAGCUGAGUGUGUACAUUUAUAACUGGUCUGUGGAUGUCGGUGCAUCUCUGAGUCGUGACCUGGUGAGACUGGUGCAGUGGCAGAACGCUCGAGCUCACACCAUCAACUGUCUCCUUAGCCAGAAAAUGGGGCUCUUUCACCAUUACUGCUUCGCUGACCCACCGACACACGAGGACCUGAAACAGCAGGAGCCGAACCCCUUCCUCAGCUCCACGAUGGAGGCAGACGCCCUGCUGCGGAGUCCUGUACCGCCAGUGUCCAAUAAGGAUGCAGGUCGUUUGAGUAAUUCGGGACGGGGCCUGCCCCAUCUGCCCUUUCCUGCUGAGCUCGUGCCCUUUGACGAAGCUCUCAGAGAUGUGAGUGCCGGCCGCUUACCAAAUCAGGACGGAGCGGAUAUUGUGGCUCGCCAUGGGGCACAGCUGCUGGAGGUGAAGGCGGCAGAACGCAGAGAGCUGGAAAAGCAGAUGAAGAUUGAGAACUUGUUUGUGACAUGGCAACAGAGAUCGGCUCAGUCCAACAUGCCCAUUUCUACUACAGAUCUGGAUGCUCUGAAGCAGUCGUCUCGGUUGGUUCAUUACUGUGCUACUCCUCUGCUCUUUGACCCGCUCUUCAGAAAACAGAUUCAAGAUGAGCUCAGAGUACAGCCACAAAUGAAGAAGCGCCAUCGCUCUAGUGACUCGGCAACUUCAGGUCGAGACCGCAGUCACAGCACAGACUCGGCCGAGCUGCUUCCUGUUCGCUGUAAAGAGGAGCAGGAGAUCUGUAGCGCUUUUAUGCAGCAGUAUGUGCAGUACCUGCAGAGCCUGGGCUUCAUUCUAGUGCAGGUCCGACCCCCAUCACCUGCACGCAGUAUUGCUCGUGCACGGGCGGCCUUGCUGAGCUCUCUCUCCACGGAGGGCAGGUCCUCAUUUUCUUCUUUCUCCUACAACAAGCAGAAGAGUGAAGAAAGUCCAAAGCAGAGCAGUGGAUCAGGCACUACGGCAUACCACCUGCAGAGAGCACUACCUGGUGGCAUCAUGUUGAUGGAACUGGCCUUUCAAGGAUUUUACUUCUGUGUGAAGCAGUAUGCAUUGGAGUGCUCACGGAUUCCCAUGGGCCAGACAGUUAAUUCCCAGGAGCCAUCCCCUCGUAGCAAGCCGUUCCCCGAGGCCUCCUCAGACUCAGACUCUGUGCUGUCAAUGCUGUUCACCGAGGAGUGUGAUAAAGUGCGGGACCUGAUGCACGUGCACUCAUUCAGCUACGAUUUCCACCUGCGCGUGGUGCAUCAAUACCUGCUAGGUUGUCACAUGACCUUGAGGCAAGGCUAUCAGCUGACCAGUUUCCUGGAGGACUUCAUUUCCCAUCAUCCCGACAUCCCCAAGUUUGGCCGCAACCACGUCUUCCAGGGGAAUUUCUCCAUGUCCACGGGAAUGAUAACGGCUCACCAGCUGUAUAAUUACAUCACCGAUCACGCCGGGACGUACGGCAUGAAGCCUCUCCGCAUGUCCAAGGCUGCAGUGAACAUCGAGAACAAGAAGGGUGGGCCAAGUGCGGACUUGCACGAGUAUGCACUAGUGGCUCUGUGGAACAGCUCUGGUACCUAUAAGGACCUGGAGGGGCUGAGACACCACGAUGACUUUGAUGUUUCUCUGCUCGUGUGUCACGACGCAGCUCCAUUCGAGGAGCAGUCUGAGGGGGAGAGACACCUGCUGAGGCUACGCUACUAUGUGAUCAUGACCAGUCAGAGAGAACUGUUCCCUCGGCUCACAGCCGACAUGCGCCGCUUCAAGAAACUCCCUCAGAUCUACCGUGACCCUGGUGACCUCAGUGGACGUGGUCAUAUCGAGAGAACAGAGCCAGGCAUCAUGGGAGGGCGGGAAUCCGAACAUGACCUCUGGGAGGAAACAGCCUCAGCUUUGACCCCUGAGCCUGACCUUGACCUUGACCCUGAACCAGGAGAGCACCCAUCAGGAGCUGAGAGUGAAGAGGAUUCUUCAGACUUCCCCGACUCGUCGUCCCCUCUGUUCCCGCUACUGAACAGCGAGGUGAUGUCGGCGCGGAAGCAGAUCCAGAGCAGCGUGACGGAGGCCAUGGCUCACUGCCGGAGGGAUAACUUGUGGCGGAGGCUUUUCCACGGGGAGCACGCCGCCCUCGAUAAACUCAAACUCAGCAAGCUGGCCUUCGCUGAGCUCGAAGAGCUGCUGGAUGCAGUGCAGAGCCGAUCUAUCGGAGAGAUCGACCCUCAGCUGGAGUGUUUUCUGACAAUGAAUCCUGCCUGGUACCAGAGUCUGAUCAAGGUGCUGCUCUCACGUUUCCCACAGAGCUGCAGGCACUUUGUGGAUGACUGCGGCAUUCAGUACCUGGCUGUCCUUAACCAGAAGUUCACUGACUGCUUCGUGCUCGUCUUCCUGGAUUCCCAGGCAGGAAAAACGAGCUUGAAGGUGGUUUUUAGGGAGCCAUUGCCUUUCCAGGCGCAGCCGAGCAGCAGUCCUCCUCCACAGCUCGUCUCCAUGUACCACCACCUUGAGUCUGUGAUCAACACGGCCUGCUACAACCUGUGGACGGGCCUGCUGUAGGACACUGAUGGAGGUGGGCACACUAUAACAAGGAAAAAGGCACUGUGCACAUUUACCAAGGAUGUACGCACAAGCCUGCUGCUCUGUGUGUGCAUCAGGAAACACAUAUGCGCUAUAAUCUGAAGACGAGCAUUUAGCUGUGGGUCGGAGAUAAAAGUACCUGCCAGGGCAUGCAUAACCAUUUUAAUAUUAGCAGCUGGCUUUCAGAAAACUACUGAAAAAAAAACAGAUGAACUGGUGUGAAUGGGAUUGUAGAAACUUCCUAACUCUCUACCUAACAAACACACCAAUCCAAUUGGUUGGAGAACGUUGGGUGAAGGAUGAGCUUUGAUAGGGUGGUCUGACAGGAUCCAGUGCUGCUGAAAUGAGAGGAGAACUACCUCACACUGAAAGACUCACACUGAAUAACUUCUAAAUGUGAAGUGGUUUUUGCAUUUAGCCUUCAGGACUUUACUAUUUGUCAAAUGCCACUGGCGAGUAGAACAGUCCAAUGGCAUCAUGAUGGUUUGCCAAAGCCAAAAAUGUCUUAUUCAUAGUAUAUUUCUUCAUUAGGCUCUUUUUGUUCUUUCCUCUUUAGUUGGCUGAGAAUAGUUGAUUUUUAAGUUAAACCAGUCCCACUAAAAAAAGAGUGAGAGCACCAGAGAAAGAUGACCAACUGUUGAGUCAAUGAUUGCUUGACUGAGCACCUUUGACUUAACAUUGCCAUUUAUUUGGUCAUCAGGUCCAGUGUGUAUGACGCACAUGCACAUUAAUGACUGACCUCUAAGUGAAUGUAGACGCGUGUUACAUCUGACCACGUGAUGUCUCCUGCACGUCAGUGUGUACACGAUAACUAAAGUUACUUUUAUCAGUGCUAAGUAAUCACCAUUUCUUCCAUCAAAAUGCGCAAAAUUCCCUUACUGCCAUUACUGUCAACCCAGAAGUGCCUAGUUUUUCUUUCUUGAGGAAACUGCUGCAUUGUCUCAAUGUUGAGAGGAGGAUCUUUGAAAAUCAAAUUCUGGUUGUGGCUUAAUUCUGUUAUUGUUGUGUGAUGAAGAGUCUGUGUCUCAGUUUACAGACAAAGCAGCAGGGAGAUGUCUACUAACACACACACGCACACAUACCACAUCUACCUUAGGGAUAGCUGUGUGGUUUGUGUGUGUAAGCCAAAUAUUAAGGAGCCUAUUCGAGUGCUUCUGAUUAACAGUGACUGUACUCUGUUGGAUAAGACUAUGUUACUAUGUUCAUGCAUUCUUUUGAUUUGCUGUUAAAUGAAGGACACUGGAAACUGACUCAUUGUGUGCAUUUAGGCAAUAUUAUAAUCAGAGUGAAAUGACUUGUACAUAAUGUACAUACUAAAUAAUUUGUAAGUAUGCAAUGUAACAAUAAAAGAGAAGUUGAUACCUGAA